UUGCCGAAACGCAUUUCGGGGCCGUAAUCGAAUCAGCGCAGCUGGGCAGUGUGAGGCCACAGGGCCAACGCAAUGCAAAGUGUUCUAUCCCGGAAUAAGCAAUGCCGUAGGCGUGUAAAGGCGAAGCGUACAGAGCAGAAAGUGCGGGCAGACGUGGGAUGAGUUGUUUUGCACAAAACCCACCGCGAGGGCUAAGUUACAACAAAGCAAGGCGACGACGUAUACGGCCAGCAGCGGAAAGCCGAGCAGAGUUACCGGCGGAAACGAAACACGGCGGCCAAGCCUAACUUUACCUAUUCGGAGACCGUCGCUCGUCCGCCACACCGAAGUCACAACAGUGGAUGUCAGCUAUGCGAUUGACGGACUGGUGUCUCAACAGCGGAUGGCAAGCAGCGAGUUACGAGGACCAAAAACGCCUGCUGCACCCCUCGAUGGCACCUACGAGACCGACCGGCGUCUACCAAUCUGGCUGGCGUUGUUCUCAUCGGCUCACCGCAACUACAAUGAUUUCGCCGGGGGCGCAACACGCCGCCUUCAUGGAUCGCAACCUUCCCGAAUGUCGUCACCGAUUCCAUGGCGAGAGCAUAUGGUCCAAUCAGACGGCGCGCGUGACGCAAAUGGUAGCGCACACUCCAGCACCAACGCGAGCACCAACAACUACACUGGCACGUCAGGUGGAGCUGCUGGUCGAGGCCAACAACGGCGUGCACAGCGCUCUGAUCCCGCUUCACGUGGGCGACGGCCGGGGCACCCUGCAAAACACGCGGGCGCCCAAGUUCUCGGACAUGGUCAGCACGGGAACCUAGACCACGGUGUCGAGCCGCAAGGGACUCGGCGCCGUCUCUAGGAAGGUGCACCUGCGCAAGCAGAACACCGACCCCGGGGACUUCAACAAGGUGCGGACCCUGGACAGCGACGGCAAGAAGUCGAUCCGCUCGCUGACGGGCCUCCAGCGCGACGCCGAGGUCGUCUUCGUGCCCAAGGGCUCCGCCGAGGAGCCCGCCCCUUCCUCGCGGCCCGGCCUGCCCGACUUCCUGGACUCCGGCUCGCCCGCGGGCGACCUCUCGCGGGCCAUCAGCGAGCCCGAACUGGGCACGCGCCCGGACUCCGGCCUGGGCGAGGACGAGCCCAUGACGGGCUCGAGCAUGUUCGAGCGGCCGGGCUUCGGCAGCGUGGCGUUCCGCAACUCCAUCUCGGGCACCCUGCUGUGCCUGCCGUCGUGUCGCAUGGACGACGAGGAAGCCGGCAGCAUCGCCGUGCCCUGCGGCAGCGUGGUCGACUCCAUCGGCUCGGCGGGCAGCCUGGCGCAGCGGCAGAGCGUCCUGCCCUGGGAGGACGUCGAGGACGUCUACUACGAGGAGGACGAAGAAGACGAAGAGGAGGACGGCGGCGCGACCCCGGCGAUCGUGGUGUUCCACUCCGCCCACGGACUGGCCGAGUACGUGGACCUGUUCUCGAGGGAGAAGGUGGACCUGGACGCGCUGACGCUGCUCGGCGAGGAAGACGUCAAGGCCAUGGGCGUGCCCCUGGGACCGCGGAAGAAGCUGCUCAGGGCGGUGGAGCAGAGACGGGUGGCCUUCUAAGACCCCGGAGAGGUGGCCGAUUCCAGGCUGUAGUCUGGAGGACAGAUGCGUUGAGAGACACACGUCUUUGGCAUACGAGUGUUUUCGUUUCUUGUGGGCGUGCUUGCGGGCGUGCUUGCGGGCGUCGUGUGGUGCCAGUCCGAGAGCGACCACACCGAUCGAUGGUCUGUAUCAAACGAACAGAGUGAAUUUUUUCUUCCUCUCUCUCUCUCUCGUAAUCGAGUGCAUCGGAAAUGAACUUGUUCCCCACUUCUUCGGAACGUUUCGAGGUUUGCCGAAGGUGUUUGCUUGGCAUGAACUGCUCCGUUUGCGGAACCUAGUUCGGCAUCGCUGCGUCUCGGUGGUGACAGGCGUUUGAGGAAUCCGCGUUGUAGAGAGAGAGAGAGAGACUUUAUGUAAUGAAAGCUGAAAAUAUGAGCCCUGAUGUGCAUGCAAAUUGCAAGGUGCGCGAGCCUUGCUGGACAUUUUUUUUUUUAGUGAGAGAUGCGACACGGGGGCGAAAUCUGAUUUCGCUCAAGGAUUAAGUGUUAUCACUGAAAACUCUUUUAUCUCAGUCAGCUCUUCGAUUUGUCGUGUUAACUAUGCCACGCGUCCUAUAGAAAGGCGUAGGGCCAAUGUGUUUCCUCUUGCGCGGAUUCAAUAACGCUUGUAAUUCCAGACGUUUGAGGUGUGUGCUCCUCAAAAGACGGUUUUUAAGUUCAGGGAACUUUUUUCUUCUACUUGAGGAAAGAUCUUAGUCAAGGUGAUUCCAGAAUACCGCCUGGAGCCGCAAAGCAUGCGCGCGCGUAAGUUUUGUAGAUUCAAGAAAAAAAAAUUCAUGUACAGGCAUAUAAGGUGCGCCGUAAUUUACUGCAGGGAUGAUGUGCUUCCCUGCAAACCUUAUGUGGUACAGCGGCACACCUAAUCGAGAGUAUUUGUUGCGAGCAUGUUGAACUCGAAAGCUUUUCAGCAUCCUUAUUCUUCCGCAAAGUGCUGUUUUAGAAGGCGUCCGCGUAGCUUUCACCAUUCACAGACGUUAUUGCACCAACUAUCGGCGGAGAGACUGCCCUCCCCCCCCACCCCCUUUUAGGAAACUAAUAACCUGUCCUUCACACGAUUCCGGUCAGCAAAGAAGGCACGCGUAAGAGCUGUGUUAAUGUAGGCACGGACCUAUUUGUUCGACAUGUGUUGUUUAAAUCACGUCACAUGACGGCGUGCUUAAGCACAAUCGAAGGGACACUAAAGAGGAUUGUCGAACUGCAGCAGACAGCUUGUCAUCCAGCUCAAGCUUUCCGUGACGUCAUAGAUUCUGGCGGCAUUCUUCCGAGGUUAUAUGGACAAAUAAUACAGUGCAAUGGAGUCUCGUUCAUGCAACCUCCAAGAGAACCGGGAAGUAAAAUGUAUCAUCCGGAAAUCGUAUUAUCCGUAUGGAAAUACAUAGCUCCAGUGGGACAUUGGCCCGCAAUAUAUAAACGCAUUAUCCCAAAAGCGUAUUAUGCAGAAUCGUAUCAACGAGAUUCCACUAACAAAAAAUCAUUAUGCUCUAAAAUAAAAAAAAAACCAAGCUCAGUCUGACAACUUUUGUGGGCGCUUCCUGCAUACAAAGAUAAAAUAUCGUAAAUAAAGAUAAAUUCUACGAUAAAAUAUUGCAAAAUCCGUGACGGCACAGGUGCCGCGUAAAUAGGGCCGCGUAAUUAAGGACACUUGUUUACAUAUGCUAUUCAGAUGCUAUUUGGAUUCAUUCAGUAUUUCCCUUUAAUGUCCUUUCAUACAUUUUGACGAAUUUAGUGCACAAGAGAACGCAGCGACGUCAGCAAGAGUUGGCACUAAUUUGCUCCGCCAAUCCGAGCAAUUAGCACGAGCUUGAAAUGUCAAUGGGAGCAGGAGUGUUCGUGACUGUAUAGUAUCUUGUAUGUCAGGGUCGUUGGUCACAGCGGGCUUCACGUGAGCUAACUUUUACGUGCGCUGAAGUUUCAGUCCUGCGUUUGUAUCUAUCCGAGAAAGCUGUGUCAGGUCAACCAUCGAAUUCGUCGGCUGUGGACAAAGAGAAAAAAGUAUCAGUCGUUUUAUGUGUUUUACGGUGCUGCACAUUCAUAUUAAGGGGGAAUCCGGCAACGAACCACCCAGAACGUGUCGUGGGAUGUUUGUGGAAGCGAAGAGACAUCAAUGCACUAUGAUAGAAUCGAGCAAGCAUGCACGCUGUCGGCGGUUGUAGUAAUUCAAACGUUUAAACUGGCGCGGAAUAGUCCCAUAAGCUGUGCAUGUGGCGCGAACUGGCGGUGAAACUUGGUACUUCGAUAUGAAUGCAAUCGGAUUACUGCACGUAAGUCGGCUCUUAUUUAGUGCGCCGCACUUAUUGUUUGAAAUCGCAGUCUCUAAUUGCCUCACGUUCGCGAUUUACUCUACGCUUAUUACGAGCUAAGGAAAGUUGACGCUAAAAAAGCGGCGCUGCCUUAGAGGCAACGAGUGGAGCGGCUAUCCGCGCGUCCCUCAUUGUAUGGCAGCACACGUGAGCGUUCCUCUACGCGCUUGAGUUUGCGAGUGAGUAGCCAAGUGUUCUGCGGUCUCCCUCCUGUGAGAUUCGAAAUUCCAUCCACUAAUUGUGCCGCAAAGGGUUACCAGCACUCCACGACUAGCACUGUAUACUGGCACAUCCUGCCGAUUCCCACCAAUGCCGUCGUACAAUCGCUAUCGCACUCGCCUAUCGCUGUUUCCAGCACGUAUUCUGGCGUGCGACUUCGUGAGCACGAUCGCGACUGCAGAUCGAAAAAAAAAACAUCUUUUUAAAAAAUGUCUUACGGCGUUUCCCGCGUUACCACGGCAGGAAUGGACACACCUACCGGUAAGCUUUUAUUGCAUCGCAAGAUACGGCACCACAAAAGUUGGUUGUCGGUCCCUUUAAAGAGGGCAAACUGCUAGGAAACGAAACUUAAUUGGUUAUAUACGAGUGGCACCUUGCACUUUCGAAGCAAUCUCGUAAAAUCUGCAGGUCUAGCAGUGGCCAUCAAUGAAUACACUGCCAUCAUUCUUGUAGUAAACCAAAUCAAUCUACCAUUUAGUAGCCAGUGAACAGCACCUUGGCAGACAACGCCGGCGCCUGGUACUCACCGGCUCACAGAUUCCAGAGCAUGGCCUCCGAGAUUUUCAGUGCGCCGCGGGUGCCUCCCGGUCUUUGAGGCCGUUCCCAGAUGCUGCGCUUGUUCGCAAGCUUCCGGGUUUUGCUUCAUUUCCUGCGUGUAGUAACUGGUCAGCGCUUUAUUAGUAUUUUUCAGUUUCAUUAGGAACGUCUACUUCGCGAGCGUUUCGUGACAAAUCUAUUCGUAUUUCAGCCGUAGAGUUUUCCCACUGAAGGCAGUUUCAUAUCUUUAGCAUCUGAAACGGCUCUCUUACGUAGUUCGAAGUCUUGUAGCAGUUGGCCUUUAAUUUGGUCCGUGGAAACGGCGAUUGUUCAGCAACUUCCCCGGGUAAUGUCACACAUUUCAGUGUUGGGUGCUAAUUUCAGGAGUCUCGGCAGCCCUCAGACAUCGGUAAGUUUUGAAUCGCGGUGAGCCGAAACCCCCCAAGAAGCCUUACGACUCCCAAGAUGAACUCUCCUGACGAAUUUCACUGGCUGAUAUCGUAGUACUCCGAGGUAUCAAACGAUCUUGUCUUUUCACAGAGCACGACAUUGAGCUAAAGAAGUGUGGAAAUAGCUAUAUUUGUCUGCUUGA